CGAAUAGUAGUGGAAAGUUUGAAUUUGUCUUUGGUUUAAAUGUGCAGGACUGGGUUUAACAGGUUAAAGUGUUAAAAGGAUAUUAAUAUAUUGAAGUGGUGUUUGGUGUUAAAAUUUAAAAAUUAGAAAGAACUUGAUGGGAAGAAUGGAAUGAUCGAAAAUCAGAAGAUGUCACAGAGCAAAUGCUGCCGACUCUGCUGUUCCAACAACAAUCUAAUUUCGAUGUUUGGCGGCAAAACUAAGAAUAAAAGAGAUUUGCUAAGGAAAAUGAUAUUCGAGAUAUUGCAACUAGAGAUACGGCCUUCCGACUCUGUUACCUCGGUUUGCUUCAACUGCUGCGUGGAUAUAUCGAAUUUCUUUACUUUUAAGUUAAAUUAUCUUCACUGUCAGGAGUAUAUAGAAAUGAAGUUUGGCAGAGAAGAUAACAAUAAGAAAAUCAGACUCCAAUGUAGUGACCUGCACGAUAUGCAAAUUCCUGGUAUUAAAGAUAUAGAAUGCAUAAUAAAUUGGUUAGUUAGUAAGGGGGGGUCGACUUCAAAGAAAACAGAAGAUAUAGGAAUACAAACUUCAAGGGUAAUAUUGCGAGACAUGCCCGUGCAAGUUUCUAGUGAGCCUGUGAAAAAUGUUGUGGAUAAUGCCACUAUGACUUUACCAAUAAUUGAUGAAACCAAUUCUAAACUAGCUAAUGUACUGGAUGUUCAGAAUACAUACCAACAAUUAAAUUCCAGAUCAAAGCAUAAAAUGAGAUCAAAUCAAAACAAGAACAGAAGCUGCCAAACUAAUUUUCUAUGGUGUAGUGAUAAGGAUAAAAGUUCCAGCCUAGGAACAAGUAAAUUAAAAUAUACAAACUCUGAAACCAGGAUUCUUAAAGACAAUUUAACUGAAACUAGCUCGUCAGAAAGGGGCAGCGAGAGUGCACAGUGCAGUUUAUCCCUAUCACCAAGUAAAAACAGUUUUAGGCCAGUGAAGUCUCAAUGUAACACCCACCGAGAAGCCAUAGAAGAAACUAAAAGUCCCGAGCAUCCCAAUCCCUGCAAGUUUGAAGCUGUUUUGCCUCUAUCAUCAGGUUUGUUAGAAAUAAAUGGCUCUAAAUAUGUCACGAUAUGUAAAUAUUGCGAUAAAGUACUUUGCAGUAAAGUAGAAAUGGCCCUACACAAUAGGAUUCACCUGCGAUGUAUUUUGUGUAGGAAAAAAUUCAGGAGCCAGAAAGGGCAGAGUAGGCAUCUUAAUGCUUGCAAAAUGAAGCAUUGCUUGGAUCGGGUGCCAUAUGUCGAGUUAGAGAGGCUCAAUUACACCAAUUUCUUGUAAAUAUUCACCUGAUUUCAUUUUUUUUUUUUGACACUUUCAUAGUCGCCCCAUUUUUGGACUGGUUCUGGUCAUGGAUGUGUCAAAAAAAUAAAGAAAGAGACAGAAAAAGGCAUUUAGCUACUUUAAAAUGAUUUUGUUCAUUGUUUUAAAAUUUUGUUAAUACCAUUUACAGAUUUUACCGUUUAAGGAAAUCAGAAAUCAGACAGGUUUUUCACAUAUGGAAGGUUGAUAAUUUUGAAGGCAACUAGUAAUCUCCCAGAUGACCUCUCCAAAUUUUGUUAUUUAAUCGCAUUUCUUGCAAUUUCUAUUUUUUUCCAAAAUAUUGAUGCUAACUUUAAUAUCCCUAAUGUGUCCCUGGAAAUUCAUGGUAAACUUCAGACAGGUGUUCAAAAUUGGAUAACCCAAUUGAUUACUUUGUUCCAUGUGUUUGACCUCAGGAGGCUUAGUUCACUAGGUCACUGUAUGAGCUCCCCACUGGGAGCCCACACAGUGACCUAGUUAAUAUUGUCAAAUUUUAAAAAAUAAUGUCCUAAAAUUAUUCAUUCAUUCAAUGAUUGGUCUAUUCCAGCCAUUAGGAGCCUAAGAACAGUAGUAAAGAAAAUGAAGAGAAAACAUGUGUAAAAUAAGGUUUCCCUAAAGACUAGUACAUUUUUGUUUUUAACUUUUAAAGUUUCAAUAAAUCUGUAUGUUUCGCUAUGAAAACAUGUUU